GAUGAGCUCUCACGGAUUUCCGACUUACGUUCUCACUUUCAUUUUACCGUAUCAAUCCAUGGAAGAAACAUUUAUUCAUCAUGAGGAAACGAGCAAGUUAUACAGCAGCCUUUAAAAGAAAAGUCACAUCUGUUUUGUUUUCUCCUAGAUUCUGCAGAAACCUCAUUGGUUCAACUAUCUGUGCUGGAUCGGUAGGAACAAAAACCACGACCCACAGCGGGCCUUUGAGGACCGGGUUGGAGACCACUGGUCUAACAACAUCUGCUGCUCUGCGGGCAUGCGGGAGCCGCUCAUUCAAUGAAAUAGAAGGAGAGCAAGACUCAUGAAACUGCCGCCCCGGGAGCUCCGCCUGUCUCAGCCAGUCACUCUCACACGUCGGCGUUACGGCACGCGUCUGAGGAGCACACGUGUUCUUCAUCAGCGGCUUGCGUUGCUGUGGCGCUGCCGUCCAGCUUGCUCAGCAGAGACGCCAACAGACGGACGGACGGGAGACACUUUGGGCUCAGAGUGCUUAUUGAUUCAAGCGGGAUGGAUGGAGCGCCAUUAUGUCUGUCGAUGGAGACAAAUGCUCUACCGUAACUCUUCUUCCUCCCACCUCGUCAGGCUUUUUGCAGGCUGCGCUCCGGCCCAAAUGAGCGCAGACGGCUGACGGCCGGACCGGAACAUGGAUGCAUACUUGGACCAGCAAGUGCCUUUCACUUUAGCAAACAAGUCGCAAGGAAAUGGGCCCCCAAAUAGACUGUUGAUGGCCGCCAAAAGGAAAUACAUGGACACAGAAUUGCCCCCUCAGGAAUCCGAAGAUCUCUUUCAGGAUUUAAGCCAACUCCAGGAGACGUGGCUCACAGAAGCUCAGGUUCCUGACAGCGACGAGCAGUUUGUUCCGGAUUUUCACUCGGAAAACUCGGUGGCCUUUCACAGCCCGCCCGUCACUAUCAAGAAGGAGCCGCAGAGCCCAGGUUCGGACCCGAGCCAGUCGUGCAGCCACAAGCCCAACUUCGGCUACGCUGCCAGUGGAGAGCAGUGCCUUUAUGCCAGUGCCUAUGAGCAGAAAAGGGCGAUCCCGGGGGGCGCCAAGCGGUCCUGCCCGAGCACACCCAUGUCCCCCAUGCAGCAGCAUUACUCCCCAAAACCCGCGGCGGCGGCUGGCCGUCCUGACCCUGGCUACAUGAAUGCCGCUGCUGCUUCGCAGCCGUUAGCCACCAACGCCUUCCCCCACGUCACCAGGUAUCAGGGCCCCUCAGGAGACCCCAUGUGCCCCCAAUUCCCCGGAGCCUCUCAGGCCUUCCAGCGAAUGCCAUCCGCCCCAGCAGGACACGGCAGCGGCCCGGGUGGGGGCGGCGGCUGCGGGUACCAUCGGCAGCACUCGGACCCCUGCGUGCCAUAUCUUCAACAGAGCUUCAAACAAGAGUACAUGGACCCCAUGUACGAGCGGGCAGGUCACGUAGGGCCGCACGGGCGAGGGUCCCAGACCUCCCAGCACCCGAAUAUGCACCCGCACAGGUUUCCGCCGGCGCACUUGAUGGUCAAGCAGGAGCCAACAGACUUCACUUAUGACACAGAUGUUUCUGGGUGUUCAUCCAUGUAUCACCACAGUGAGGCCUACCCGCCUCCUCAAGCGGCUCCUGAAGGUUACGGCUAUGAGAACGACUCCCGUGUGGUUCCAGACAAGUUUGAAGGUGAGGUGAAGCAUGAAGCGGGCACGGUCAUUGGCGGCGGCGUGUUCCGCGAAGGCCCGGCGUACCAGCGGCGUGGCUCGCUGCAGCUGUGGCAGUUCCUGGUGGCGCUACUGGACGACCCCGCCAACACUCACUUCAUCGCCUGGACGGGCCGAGGGAUGGAGUUCAAGCUCAUUGAGCCCGAAGAGGUGGCACGACUGUGGGGAAUGCAGAAGAACCGUCCGGCCAUGAAUUACGACAAACUGAGCCGCUCACUACGCUACUACUACGAGAAAGGAAUCAUGCAGAAGGUGGCGGGAGAACGCUAUGUGUACAAGUUCGUGUGCGAGCCCGAGGCCCUGAUCUCGCUGGCAUUCCCGGACAAUCAGCGACCCAGCCUGAAGGGAGAAUUGGAGCGCUACGUUAACGAAGAGGACACCGUGCCGCUGUCCCACCUGGACGACGGCGGGACGCCCUACCACGCCGCCGAACACACGCCCCACGGUGGCGCCGGGCCUCCCCAGCCCUACGCCAAAGGCUACAUGUACUAAUGCCGGACCCCCUCUUCCACGCUGUACACAUAAACAUCUUCAUACGCGCGCGACCCCCGCCCUCCAUGCACCUCUUGCACACGUCGCCCCCUCCCUCCCUUGUAUAUACAGCUACGGUGUUUUUGUUUUAAAUUAAUCUCAAGAGGGAAUUUUUUUUGCCAGCCUUCCUGUCACAUCUGAGGCCUCCAAAUACGACAAGAAAUUGCUUAAUAAAUAAUCCAAA